AUGUCGGCCUUGCUGAUGCGCACGGUGGUAGUGAACGCUGAGCGUCAAAGUGCCAAGGCAUGGUAUGUUGGUGGCGCAUGGAUAGUGCCACAUAUUCAGGCGCGGAGUAUGCGUGCUCGUUUAAACGCGCAAAUGCCCGUGCCUGUGCGUGUGAUGUCGACGUCACUUGUUCGUCUGUCACCCAAUGACAACAAGGAUGUGUCCAAGUCAGAUGGCCCUAAACAGCCGAUGCAUAUUCGUGCCUGGAACAAACUAAAAGAAGAAGUCUUGCACUACUGGCACGGCACUAAGCUACUUGGGAAAGAGGUUUCCAUUUCCACGCGUCUUCUUCGUCGCAUGGUGAUGGGCUAUACACUCACGCGUCGUGAGCACCGCCAGCUACGACGCACGAUGGGAGAUAUGUUGCGCCUUAUUCCAUUUAUUCCAUUUAUCCUUAUUCCUGCUGCUGAACUACUCUUGCCGCUCGCCCUGCGUUUCUUUCCCAACAUGCUGCCCAGCACGUUUGAAAGCAAGUUCGCGUUGGAAGAGAAGCGUCGAAGGCUCUUAAAGCUUCGAAUCGAGAUGGCAAAAUUCUUGCAAGAAUCGAUUAAGGCUGGUGGACUACAAUUGAGUGAAUCGGUGAAGGACUCAGAUGUGUUUAAAGAGUUCUACCACAAAGUACGCAUCGGUAUGCAUCCGACACGCGACGACGUGAUCAAGGUGGCAAAGCUCUUUGACGAUGAGCUGACAUUGGAUAACUUGUCUCGCCCACAACUUGUAUCUAUUUGCCGGUACAUGCAAAUGACCGCCUUUGGAACUGACAAUUAUCUCCGCUUCCAGAUCCGUCACUCUCUGAAUCGCAUCCGUCAGGACGACAUGGUAAUUAGCAAUGAAGGCACGGACUCCAUGUCUUAUCAGGAGCUACUAGUUGCGUGUCAGAGCCGUGGCGUGUGGACGCACAAUCGGACGAGGGAGCAGCUGAAAGAAGGCCUGGACGUGUGGAUCAAUUUACAUAUACGUGAAAAAAUCAGUGGCACUCUGCUGAUUCUGAGCCGUGCGUUUUACUUUGUUGGUGAGCCUGAGGAUGCCAAUGCCACGUACAAUGACAUGCAGAUCCGUGGUUUGGAACUGACCAUGAGCUCACUGCCAGACAAGCUCCUGAACGAGGCCGAAUUGCACUUCAGCAAGGAGGCUGCUACCAACAAGCAGCGUCUGGAAGUGCUGCAAGAACAAGAAGAACUCAUUGAAGAUGAGGCUGAGCAGGAAGAGGAAGUCCAAGCGGCACGCAAUGCUGAAAAGUCGCGCAAGGAUGCUGAAACGAAGGAAGCAUCCAAAAUUGUGCCCAAUGCAGGCAACGUGACCAAUGAUGAUGCUCGCAUGACGGAGGAGCAGCUCUCUGAGCUUGGUGAGGCACUUGCUAUUCUUAGUGCCAAGUCAUCCGUGCUACACGAGCGCCGCGAGUUGUCCGAGUUGAUGAAGGAGCUUCCGCCUGAAGAGAAGGAUGAGGCGCCUGAAUCUGAUGGCUCGUCAUCACCCAAGGCAAAAAGUCUCUACCGUCGUAUCCGUUCCAUGCUGAAACGUAUUGACACGCAGCUCGAGGACUUUGACAAGGACGUUGGUGGACGUAUGAACCUCAUCGAGGCCAGUUCAACGGGAAAGAUUAGUGUCGAUGAUCUGGAACAAGCGCUGCGUCUGAUCAAGCAUCGUCCUGACGAAGAAGUGAUGCACAAAUUGGUUGACAAGCUUGAUGUAGAUCACGACGGACUCGUGCCCCUCAACGAUGUGUUGGAGCUGGCCGGCAAGGACAGUGCGCUUGCCUAUGGCGGCCAGAUUGAUGAUAUCGAGAAGGAAAGUGCCAAGUUGCGCUCGAAGAAGCCACGCAAGAGUGAUAUCGUCGAAGAAAGUAAGUAA